AUGCCUCCACGAUUAAGAAACGCACAACGGCUGCUCAAUUCACACCACAUCCCAUCCUCACAGUCUUCCUCAAUAUGCCACUCGUCGACCUCCCUCACAUCAUCCGCUGCAUCCUCUUCGCCAUGUCAAUCUCUCCCUCGACCCCGCGCCUUUAGUUCCACGCCUAGCUUCCAGGUCUCAAAACGCCGUGCGGAUAUGUUUCGCUGGCUAAACGGUGUCGGCGCGGUGUUUAAAGAUCCUGUGCCCAAGAGCACGAACUAUCUUACGGACUACGAAAAUGGAGUACCAGUCCGCAAAGAAGAGGAAGACAGUGAUAGCAACCGUGGGUUUUCGAAGGACCCCAACAACCCUGACAGACUACAGCCGUUCCCUCUCAAUCCCUUUUUCGUCAGUGAAAGCGUGUUGAGCGAAGAAUUGCGAAAUGAGAUCUAUGACCAGGUUGUCAAUAAAGGGAACAGUGUUCGGCUUGUGAGUGUCAUGUUUGGGGUUGACAUGAGGCGUAUUGGUGCUGUGGUGAGGCUAGUUGAGUUAGAGAAGAGGAUGAAGGCCGAGCUGAAGCAGAAAAAACCCAUGGCUCUUCCGUACGGCCGUGCAAUACGUGACAUGCUGCCGACGACACGUCUUGCAGGAAAGGGGGAGAAACAGCAACCACACGAGCCGAUAAACGAUCUACCAGUACACAAACUCACCGAACCGCAAAUAUUCUACCCUGUAUCUGAAUCCCGUAAUUUCACCCGUGUGGAUGCUGCACGAGUAUUCUCAGCAGCACCAGAGCUACCCGCUGCCGAGCGCGACGUGGCCGGGAACACACCCGAGGCCAUCGCCAAAGUAACUCGUGCCCCACACAACAUCGAGAUGGUCGGCAAGGGAGCGAACGAGCAACAGGUUCUGCAGCCGGCAGACGUCCGCAUCCCCCAUCCUCACAUGGUUGCUGCUGCGCACGACGAGGUAACUCUUUCAAGCGAGUCGCGCCAACGUAACAACCGGUUCAUCGAACGUAUCAAAGCCGAAGAGAAAGUAGAGGCCUUCCGGAAGGAGAGAAGAAAGGCCCGGGAAGAGGCACAGUUGACUCGCGUCCAACCUGAGCAGGGACGCUUCGAGUUCCGAUUCCGUGACGUUGUAGUCAGCCGUGAGACGACUGGACUGGACGGCCGUGGGGAGAAGGGCGUCGGUCGACGGUAUGGAGUGCCUCAUGCAGACAGGAGGAGAGGAGAAGUCAAGAUCCCGACCAAAGUCGAGGUUUAA